UGAACAGUCAUACACUUCAGAUAUGGAAGUGUCCAGUGAUAGGCUUUUUUGCUGCAGUUGGCUGCGCCGCAGGGUUCCCAUAGCCCACAGAGAGGAACUGUACCACAUCCUGAGGAUGACAGGGCCUCUGCUGCUGUCUCGAAUUCUCAAUUACCUCCUGCCUUUUGUGAUCACAAUGUUCUGUGGGCGUCUGGGAAAUGAAGUAAUGGCUGGCUACGGACUGGCUUCUGCUACCAUUAACGUAACCACUGUAGCAACAGGGUACGGGCUGGGACUGGCGUGUGAUACCCUGGUAUCUCAGACGUUUGGAGGUAAGAAUCUGCUGCAGGUGGGAGUGAUACUUCAGAGGAGCAUCAUCAUCUUGCUCUUGUUCUGUCUGCCUUGCUGGGGGCUGCUCAUCAACGCACAACCCAUCCUCUUAUGUGUGGGGCAGGACCCUGAGGUGGCCAGAAUUGCCCAGCUCUAUAUAACAGCCUUCCUUCCUGCAGUGCCAGCAAUGUUUCUUCACAACCUUCAGGUGUCUUACCUGCAGAACCAGGGUAUAAUACUUCCACAACUCUACACAGCUGCAAUGGCAAAUGUAGCAAAUGUUGCCACAAACUAUCUCUUCCUUUACUGGAUGAAACUUGGAGUCAGUGGUUCUGCGGCAGCAAACACUUUGUCCCAGAUAUACAUCUGUUCCUUUCUUUUUGCUUACAUCUGGUGGAAGAAGCUGCAUGUAAAAACAUGGGAUGGCUGGUCUGUGGAAUCACUGCAGGAGUGGGGCUCAUACAUGAAACUGGCCAUUCCCAGUUCCUUAAUGAAGUGUUUUGAGUGGUGGGUUUAUGAACUUGGAGGAUUCCUUGCAGGAGUGCUGAGUGAGGAAGAGCUGGCAGCCCAGCAUGCUGUGAUCAUGGUGACUUUCAUCACUUACAUGUUUCCACUGGGUGUUCAGGCUGCUACAUGUGCUAGGGUCGGGAAUGCUCUUGGUGCAGGAGACAGCGCCAGGGCCCUUCUGACCAGCAAGGUCUCACUCUGUCUUGCAGCUACCUUUGCGGUUGUGGAGGGUGUUGUGCUUGGAUGCUCCAAAUCGGUGAUUGGCUUAAUCUUCACCUCUGAUGAGAAGAUUGUAGGUUUGGUUUCCGAUAUGAUGAGUGUCUACUGUUUCCUUCAGUUCUUUGAUGCACUUGUAGGUGUGUGCACGGGCAUUUUCUUGGGAACAGGAAAGCAGAAGAUACCAGCAGUGGCAAACUUCAUUGGAUACUACUGCAUAGGGCUUACGCUGAGUGUCACUUUGAUGUUUGUUGCAAAACUAAGAGUUUUAGGUUUUUGGGUGGGACUUCUGGUUUGUGUGAUUUUGCAAUCAACUUUCUUCAUAAUAAUUAUCUUCAGGCUGAACUGGCAGAAAGUAACAGAGGAGGCUGUAAAACGAGCUCAGAAAGCCAUGCACAUGACUUUGUUAAACUCCUCUGGCUUCUCAGAAACUGAGCAAACUGCAGAUCAAACAGCCAGCAAUGACAAAGCAACAGACGGAUACAUUUCUGUCAAUACAGAGGGUCAGGAUGGAAACACGGAUCGACAAGGAGGCCAUGAUGUCCAGCAGCUGAAAGAAAGACAACUUUCCACCACCCAGCUGAUCAUCAGAAGAGGCCUUGCCAUGUUUGCUGCAGUUGCUCUUUUAGCUGUGGGAGCAGCUGUGCACUUCCUUGUUCCUUUGCCAGAGAUUCAGUCUGCAGAGGGCAACCAUACUGCUACUGACUGGAUCAAUGCAACAUACACUCCUGAUCCAAUUUUCUCCACCAUGUUGUUCCCUAAUGGACAGUCAAAGUGAGUCGAAGCUAACAUAAGCUGGUUUGACUCA